CGGGCUACUUCCGCCGACCAUUUCGCUGAUAUAUUAAUGCUGACCGAGCCCAUAUAUAUCUACUGAUAUUGAUUCUCCUCUUCCUCUACACCAUUGAUCAUCUGUGUCACCUACGUCAAUACCCCUCAUACCCAUCAAUCAUGUCCUCAAACGGCAAUGGCGUCAAGAAGGAGCGCACGCCUCUGCGUGCAGGUGUUUACUCUCCCACCAUGACCUUCUUCGAUCCCGAGACAGAGGAGCUUGAUGUGCCCACAAUCAAGAAACACGCUGUCCGCCUCGCCGAGGCCGGCCUCGUUGGUCUGGUCACCAUGGGAUCCAACGGUGAAGCUGUCCACCUUUCCCGUGCAGAGAAGCAGACUGUCACACGAGCAACCCGCGAAGCUCUGGACGAAGCCGGCUACAAGGACGUUCCUGUCAUUGUCGGUGCCUCAGAACACGGCAUCAAGCUCACCAUCGAACUCGCCAAGGAGGCGGAGGCAGCUGGCGGUGAAUACAUCCUCACUGUUCCCCCUUCUUACUACCGCUACGCCAUCGACGAGGAAGCGAUUGAGGAGUACUUUACUAAGGUCGCUGACGCAUCGCCUCUGCCCAUCAUCAUCUACAACUACCCUGGCGCCGUUUCUGGAAUCGACAUUGACUCCGACCUGCUCAUUAAGCUUGGCAAGCACCCCAACAUCGUCGGCACAAAGUUCACCUGCGGCAGCACAGGAAAGCUGACCCGUGUUGCGUACGCCCUCGAUGCUGUUUCCACCAAGAGCACAGGCAGCGGCUACAUGGCACUUGGCGGUAUUGCAGACUUUACAGCACAGACAGCAGCAUCUGGCGGCUCUGGUAUCAUUGCUGGUGGCGCCAACGUCAUCCCUAAGACAUGCGUCAAGGUCUGGAACCUGUGCGCAGAGGGCAAGCUCGAGGAGGCGUUCGAGCUGCAGAAGAAGCUCAGCAAAGGUGACUGGGUACUCACCAAGGCUGCCAUCCCGGGCACCAAGUCAGCGAUUCAGAGCUACUUUGGCUACGGUGGAUACCCCAGGAGGCCACUGAAGAGGCUGUCCAAGGAGAAGACACAGGCUGUUGCAGACGGCAUCAAGGAGAUCAUAGAAAUCGAGAACAGCCUGUAAGUACGAGGAACCGAGCCUUGAGGGUUGGGUGGCCAAAAACGUUGUCAUGCAUUUACGAAGUUCAUCAUGUAUAUAGUCAUCCAAUAACGAAAGCUACUUCAUGAAACUUGGAGGCUUCGGCUGGUCAGCAAGAGCUAGAGAUUGGAGGUGAUUGUGUUGCACGAAUCCUUGAAUAGAUUGCUGACGUAUGGAUGAUAUGUUCGUACCACAACCUGC